UUUCGUAAGUUUUUAAAUCUUUACCAGAAAAUAAUAAUAGAACCUCCACUGGAUAUUAACAUUUAAAAACUGCAUGGAAGAUGAAACUUGGAAAUUAUUCCUAAAAAAAACGAUGAUAAAUACAAAGGUUCUAUAUUCUUUUUUUUUUGUUUUAGAAUAUAGAACAAAGGGAGCUCUUGGUUCGAUUGGUCAUGAGUAUUCAGUCUCAAGUGACGAUGCUGCGCUCCUUAGUCAAUGGUCGGUUUUCUUUGGAGAAUUAGUGGUGGCUAGGUGCCAACAUUGACCCGAGUGAUGAUAAGCUGCGCUCCUUAGUAUGAUAUGGAAAAUAAUAGCACUAUCAUUGCGUUUUCAUAGGGAACUCUUGAUUAAUGUAAAAAUGGACAUUUUGAGAUUCUUAAGAAGAAAUUGAAGAAAUUAUUCCUGAAAAAUACGACGAUAUAAUAUACAAAGGUUUUAUAUUCUUUUUUUUUUGGUCGAUCCCUGACCCAUUUUGUAUA